UCUUCAGAUGGGCCUUGCAGAAUAUCAGUAGUUUUGGUCAGAACGUCCGAACAGUUCAUCAACCAGAGGGAAACAUAAUGGUACUUUGUAUUAUCUACACUGCAGUGGUGUUGUUCUUCUUUCUGGUUGGAAAAUUGCAGCAAUCUCUGCAAGCUGAAGAUGAAGGAUGGGCCCGGAUACAGAAGUUGGGAGAGAUAAAGCGAUGGAAGCCUUUUGAAAAUCUUCCUGAGGAUCUUAAAUCUCAUUUUAAGAAUCAGAUUUACCGCUAUGAUGUAUUGGGGGAAAUUAAAGCCGUUAAUAUAGAAAUUAUUUUCAAUGGCCUUCCUGAGAAACUCAGAAGAAAAAUGAGUUACGAACUCUGUAAAGAUCUACUCGAAAAAGUAGAACAAUUUAAAGGGUUGAGUGAAGAAAAAAUGAAUGCUCUGCGUGAACAUGUCAGGCCAGUUUUCUUUCCUCGGCGCAGUCGUAUUAUCCGAGAGGGAGACGCAAUUGAUGAGAUGAUCUUUGUGGUGCAAGGCAGGCUUUGGAGCUACACGUCGAGGAGUGACGGUGGCAAUCAAAGAAAUGAGUAUUGGACAAAUGGUGACACGUGUGGAGAAGAACUUGUGGAUUGGCUUCAGGCUGAUCCCUGCAAAUCUGACCUCCCAAUCUCAAUUAAAACUAUUCAAGCGGUAAGUGAUGUUGAUGCCUUCAUCCUUAUGGCACAUGACUUGAAAAUGUUAUUUGCUAAUAUUUAA